GUGACCAGACUUAUUACACAUGUCCUGAGUGUAAAAAACAAUUAAAAACUAUUGCUGGAUUUCGUGGCCAUGUAAAAAAACAACACAACAUUGAUGCUAAAGCUAGUGAGAACAAAACAUUUAAAACAUCUGUCCCUAAGAGUGAGAAAAAACAUUUCCAGUUUAGUGGAAAUGAUUUUGACACAAUCUUUCCAACAGCCUUUUCUUCAACCCUGAGCAACAUAGAAAAUGAUCCUUUUCUUCUGAAUGAUGACAUAAGUGUUAUGUGCAAAUUUGCUUCUUCUUCUGAAACUAUUCGUACAAUAUUGGGAAAUAGAUUUAAAACCAUAUUUGUAACAAGUUCUACUAAUCUGACCACAUCUUGUGAUCGUGAGCAACUGUUUAGGCAGUUACAUUGUUUGAGAAGUGACCACACACUUAAAGAAGAAAUAACUGAAUUGUGUCUAACAUUCACCCCAACUGUUGUGAAUUUGUUUAUCCAACUAUUUAUUGAGGACAUUAUUGGUGAAAUUUUUGUGCAGCAAAUUAAGGUUGUCAAGCAAGCAUCCGACACACAACAGUCCAAUCUUAGUACAAAUGACCAGUCUAUCCUAUAUUAUAUAGCCGGUUUCAUCAUUAAGGCAUUGAAGAAACGCUACUCUUGUGCUUCCACUAAUCAGUGGCGUAGCUGGGUCUUUUUUACGUGUACGCCCGAACCUUCGGGAGGGAUAUGGGGGUGCCAACCGCUCAAUGUUAAAGCACCUGCUGAUAGUGGCUACGCGCAUGCUAAUAAAUCGUCCAUAGUAAGCAAAUUGUUGAACAGUACUAAUAACACUACAUUUGUUACUACAUAUGGAAAGUGGUUUACCAAACAGGACAGGGGUGGUCUUCAGAAACCAUGUGAUACAUUUUUCUUUCUAGUAAGAGAACUUGAAACGAUUGUUCGUAAAUGUAUAAGUCCACCUUAUAGUGCAAGCUCUCUGUCAUUACAACCCCUCAAAGAAUCAUUUAUGGAAUCCUUCAUGGUAAAGUACUAUACAGACAUUAUGUUCAAAGGUGAGACUUGUGAUACCAUGUCAUCCAUGACAGAAGACAUUAUUCAUCUCUUUCUGACUGUCCGUGGGUAUGCUUUCACCCGUAUUGAAAGAAAUAAGAUAAGUAACAGCAGCAAAGCUUCAUCUGGUUUACGCAAAGCAUUAAAGGAAAUAGUUUCUAAUUAAUCUGACUUUUCUGUGUGUUGUAACUUUGAUAAUGCUUAAUGUAGAUGUAAGAAACAAUAAUGAGUGAGAAUAACCAUUCCUGGUAU